AUGGCACCACAACUCACCCGCACUCAAAUCCUCGAAAAGCUCCGCGGCCAAAUCGCCGAGGGCAAGACCAUCGUCGGCGCCGGCGCCGGCAUUGGUCUCUCAGCCAAAUUCGUCGAAGCCGCGGGGGCCAAAGAAGUUCUCCCCGUAGUGCACCACACGCCCGUCCUGGCCGGCGUAUGCGGCACAGACCCUUACGUCUCCAUGCCUCACUUCCUGACCAAGCUGCGCGAUUUGGGCUUCGCGGGCGUCCAGAACUUCCCCACGGUCGGGUUAAUCGACGGGACCUUCCGCGCCGCGCUCGAAGAGACGGGCAUGGGCUACGACCUCGAAGUGGAAAUGAUCCGGCUCGCGCAUUCCAUGGACUUGCUCACGACGCCGUACGUGUUUAACGUCGAGGAGGCGAAACAGAUGGCGCAAGCGGGAGCGGAUAUUUUGGUGGCGCAUAUGGGGUUGACUACUGGCGGGUCUAUUGGACUCAAGGAGGGAGGGGGAAAGACGAUGGAUGAGUGUGUCAAGCUCAUUCAGGAGAUUAGGGAUGUGGCGAGGGAGAUUAAUCCUGAGGUGAUUGUUUUGUGUCAUGGCGGGCCGAUUGCGAGGCCGCAGGAUGCCGAGUACGUGUUGCAGAAGACCGAGGGGGUGCAUGGGUUUUAUGGCGCGAGCUCGAUGGAGAGAUUGCCAGUUGAGGAGGCGAUUACGAAUAUUACGAAGGAGUUUAAGGGGUUAAAGACGGGGAGGAAGUAA